AUGGGUAAAGGGGUGGAUGGCCUGGUGGAGUGGUGUGUGCGGGAGAUAUCGUUUGCGGACGACGAAGGGCUCACUCCUCAAAAAUUUGUUCUCGUUGUAAAAAGGUAUCUCGAAGAUGCAGAUGACAAGAACGAUGCAUCAGCAAAGACCGGCUCUGCCGUCGAAAACAUGGCAAAUCUAGACGUCGACCGCAUCGAGCCAGUAGACGUUGAAAUUGCGGCUCCAGUGUGGCAUGAUGUGGCUGCCAGGGCCGAGAUAUUCGUCGGUAGCAACAGGUCCGACAAAACCUGGAAUCAACUGCCCUUUGAGUCCAUCUUUCAAUUACCGGAGACACCAAAAGAUGCGGCACAGCCAGACACCGUUGUUCAUGCGGGCAAAGAUGGACUGCCCAACUUCCAGCCACGGAUAUUUACCUCUGAGGAACUGACGUGGAUCAACAUCACCGGCCAUGGCAUUGACUUUCUCAAAAUCCCUCCCCUUUGCUGGAAGCUACUGCCCAAGCUGGCAUCCUGUCACUACGAGGGCUGUUCACAGGGAAAUCUGUGUAAGAUGGGAGGCGGCGACAUUCGCUCUGUUCCCAAAAGGACAGACAAACUUGCUGAGCAGGGCUACAUCGUCAAGCGUACUGUGGUUCUCCGCGGCUCCAAGACAAGCAAGCUCUGGCUCACUCAGUUCGCACCUCCGGAUCUACCCAGCGCAGAAAAUCCCAACACUUGGGGUCGUGAUCUGGACCUGUCACGAGACCACCUCACAAAGAGCCUGCGGCCAGUGCCGUGGUGUCACCUUUGGACUGGCGUAACCAUUGAGUACGAGUCUUUUGGCCGCACCGCUAUCGCUGUGAUUCGAGCAUGGGAGGUUAUGCGAAUCGCCGACUUGAAGAACAAGCUUGGGAUUCACGGUGUGCGUUGGCAGAUGAAGGUUCUCGCGAGAAUGCUUCGCAGGUUCGCAAGUGCCGGCAUCACAAAGUAUGUAGCCGCAAAGCUUGGUGAGACCGGUAAAGUUUUCAAGGACUGCGUCAAGUAUGUUCGAGAGCCUACAGACGAUGAAUGGGAGAAGUAUCUUUCAACAGGCGGUGGCAAGGCUCAAUACACCAAGGCUGGAAAGAAGGGAAACAAGUCGGCGAAGCCUCAGAUACCUACAGGUGGCCCCAAACCAGUUGUUUCGGCCCAGCUUUCAAAGUGGUCGCCCGAAAAGCCGUUGGUCAACUUGGUAUACGACACCAUCAAGCGAUCUGCCUUUCAGGGUUUAACUGGUCCUCAAGUCAGCACAUUGACUGUCGGCUAUGCUUUUCGUCGCUAUAUGGACAGUCUUAUGCCUGUGUUGUCAAAGUCUGACAUUCAGCCGGACCAUCUCAGCCAUCUGACAAUUCGCCCUGAGAACAGAGGCCCUCGAUCGCGGGUGUUCACCACCGAGCCUUCUGACGGUCCAGAACUUGCGCCUGGAACUUUGAGUGCUACCAUCACAGGGACCCUUGACCCAGCCACAGCGUUAGAAGCCUUCGGAUUCGGGCCAAUAUUGGAGACGCUUGCGGCAACUCCGGCAAAUGCUACUUUGACCUCCCUUGCACGAAUCACCAAUGACCAUGGCGAGCAGGCAAGGAUGAUGAAGCCACUUAGCUCGCAUUCUGAGAAUGCUGUUCUCGCCCUGGUUGAGGGUACUACCAGCGAGCACCCGGCAAAGAGGGCUCGUCUUGGCGACGUUUCUCAAGUCGAGGAGGAGAUUGAAGCAUUGAACGCGACACCGACACCAGGUGUAGUCCUGCAAGAUGCCGGAACAAGCCGAGAUGAAGCUGCCGUGGACCAGGCAACCCAAGAUAAUACUGAUCAAACUGAUCGUGAAGAACAUACACGUGAAUCAAAGAAACGCAGUCGACCGCUCGAGCGCCGACCAGACAUCGAACCUGGCGCACGUGCCUUCAUUGCUGAGGACAGUGAGCGUCCCAAGAAGAAGGGUCGCCCAUCCAAGAACCCAGUGAAGCCUAUCAUUAUCAAAUUUGUUGGCCAGAGCGUGCAGCGCUGGCAGGUUUCUGCAGGCUUUGAGCUGUCAGAGUCAUUCCUUGCUACUGACGAUGAGGACAGAGACAGUGAGCCUUCAGAUGAGGAGGAGUCUGACGAGGAGGUUCCGGCCCCGGAUCUCACGAUGGAAGCACGCUACAAUGGACGCCCUGGCCAACUUAGGGUCUCUUUGAGCGACCAAAUGAUUGUCUUUGAAUACGGUGGAACAGCAGCCGACAAGCCUUCUCUUCAAAUCACCAUCGCGAGUAUUGUGGACAAUCCGGCCAUUGACACACCCCCGGACGAUGAUGACAAGUGCCUGGUCAUCAAUGCCACCCGGAACAAUUCUAGAUGGCCGUAUAUAUUUCAUUUCGACAACACUGCGGAAGUCUUCGAGGCCGCGACCGCGCUUAGAGACCAGGUCGAAAGCAUACGUAUGGGAACCGCAGUUAAGAAAAAGCCUAAGAAAUCAAAAAAGCUCAAGAAGUCGGGCAAGGCGGCGAACGGCAUCAAGCGGAAGUGGAAAGCCGAGGGUUAUAAAUGCGAUCGAUGCGGAUCGGUCUACAAGAACGACAACGGACUUAAAUAUCACCAGGAGAAAUCACAGACGCCUUGUAACCCCGACUUUGAUCCGAAUGUCAUGGCAGAAAAACCAGACAAACGGCGAAGAAGUCAUGUUGAUGGCAAUGAAGACCAAGGCCCUCCAACUGGCAGAGGCCAAAGGUCCGCGCGGUCGCAGCUUAAGAAGCCCAACCAUGAGCCGGAGCAGCCCACGAAUGCAUUCGGACGCAAAGUCAGCAAACGGCCAGAGAGUGGCUUCGCAAGUCGUCGCGGCAUAGGAUCGCUGGAGAAAGGUGCAAUUGAAGAAGCACCUUUGGUGCUUGGUCAAAGCCUACCCACUGAGCCUGAUGUAAGCAUGGUCGAUUCGCCAGCUAUUGGUCGGUCGGACGACGUACCGACUAACGACAUCAUCGUGAUAGAAAACCCGCAACCUCUUAGGGUGGACGCUGUUGUGACCGAGGAGGCUCCGGCAGAGGCUGUCGAGGAAUGUUCUCCAGCUGAGGCUGUGUCGAUGGACCAGCAAGAAUCAACUACGGACCAAGUUUCAUGUUCAGAAGAUUGCAAUGGCUUUCCUAAGUUUGUUUUGCCGCCUCUUACCAACCCAAAGUUGCUGGAAACCUCACAUCGGACAAUAUCAAUAAUUCAAUACCUAGUCGAUGUUCACGAUGGGGUUUUCCCGGGGGAUAAAGCGAUGUGGUAUGCUGUUUAUACCAUGCACGAGAAGGAGUUUCCUGAAGAAAUUCACCCGAGCUUUCGUUCAUGUCUGGCUAUUAUUAAGACGAUGGAGCGGCGCGGAUGGUUGCGCACAUACACUUAUGCGUGGAGAGAUGAGAAAGGUUCUACUUCAAAACUGUACUUGGCAAUAAAAGAGGGGGUACCCGACUCAAGCCCAACGAUUGCCGCAAUGAAAGAAAGAAUCCAGAACGCCCAUCCGCUGCCAUACGUCCCUCCUGGGUUCGAACCAUCCCCCGAGACCCUGGAAGCCCUCUACGCUAGAUUAGCGGACGAGUCGUCUCGCAUGCAUAGCAGGGCCUCUCGGAGAAAACAGGUUGAAGUUGAAGUACUGAAGGCGCCAUUCUAUGAAGAAACUCGAAGUGACAGACUCGCAAAACAGGAGUCACCAGCUAGGCGAACACACAUUUCGGCAUUCAGGCCUUCCCCUAUACAAAAUACUCGCUCGUUUCCUCCGGGGGAUAGGAGUGAGCUGCUGCGGAGUAGACUCAAGGCUUCGCUUGCACAGCCGAGACAACCAAAGAGGAGGAGCCUAUUCGAGUCUUCAAACCCAGGUCUAGACAGCCUGCCGCCAUACUUUUUCAAUGGGACUAUUGCUCUUCGCGACAGCAGUGUUGUACUUCCACUGGAACCAACCGGUCAUGUGGAUGCAAAUGGGGGAGGGGUUUUUGACUCCUCGGUCCCUAUUACAGAUCCUUUUCUCAGGCAAAAGUUGCCAGCAAGUGUCGAAGAAAUACCGCACAAUGUUCCUUAUAGCGACGACGAAUGGGCUGAUCCCCACUGGGCUAGGUUUACCUGGCACGUCAAUGCUUGUCGUGAAUGGGAGCAGGCGGAGGAGACAUCCAGGCUGCUUCAAUCCUCCACGCUAGCCCCAGAUUACUGUUUUCUCAAUUUCACAGUGGACCCAGGGGCAUUCGAGGGAGUAGACAGUCCUAGCUUGCAAUGGUUCGCCGCGGACCAAUUCAACAUUCUCGACCUACCAUACAAGAUCCUGGCUAGGGAUGUAUACAGGUAUGAGAGGCAGGGUGCGUACAGACUAACGAUACCUCGUGGUCCUCGUGGCCCCUAUCGCCCUCGUGGUUCGAAUGCUGGCGGGCCGUCGAACGUGCGUGGUGGCGGUCCCCUGAGUGGACGAGGUACCAGGAAUCUAAGAGCAUCUGCAAGCAACGACCAAACCUUGAGCGAUUCUGAUAUAAUGGGUAUUCCGUCUGCCGAGCCUACACCCUUUGCUACUCCAAUUCCACUUCAAUUUGAACCUCCAGCGCCUACUCCGGCCCCUGCCAGAGUUCCCGUGUUCCGAAAAGUUCGAGAGUUGACUGCCUUCCCGCACACUCCAGAAGACUAUUCAGCACAAGAACUGGUCGAGGUAGACGACGAUGUGGACUGGUCGGCCGAGAACACUAAGCUAGCAGCGUUCAUAGCCAUCAGGGUUCUUCUUGGCGGUGUUGAGAAGGUGAUUGACUGGGGCCUGAUGAUGAGGCUCUUUCCUGAUGUAAAGCUCUCGGCUCUGAGGAAAUUCUGGGGUCAUAUGAGGAAGACUCGAUCAUUCUACAUCGAAGCAACCACGGAAUUGUUUCAGGAUAAUUUCCUCGAAGCAUACGAGGAGGGAGAGCUGCCGCCCCUGAACUACGACGACGUAUUGGCUUACGACUGGAGGCGCCUGAUACGGUGGACCCUCAAUGAGAUGAUAGAACAGGACAUUGUUCUCCCUGCGACCAAGGAGGGGCUCGAACAAGAAUAUAUUGUGGAUGACAACGCCUAUACCGUGCCGGAGUGGCGGGACACGUACUUUCACUACCAAAGAUCCAUCUGGAACAGGUUCCAGGACUUCACGUCCGAGGUAGCGGCCAUGCCGGCGAAGCCCCAGCUCACAAACUACAACUCUCUAGAAUCAAUCAUCACGUCUUGGAUCCGGGCAUUGUGCUCGACCCCCCCUGAGUUUUACUCGCCAGGCUCCAUCAGGGACAGGGUUUAUUCGCUCGGCGUCCGCGAUGAUCAAGAGGUCAGCUGCCUUCUCCAAGGAGCAAUGAUCGAUCUGCAGCGCCGCCGAGUGAUAAAAAAGAGCAAGCCGGCCGCGCUCAAGUCCGGACGACCUUAUAAAUACACUCAAUUCUUCUACACGACCCUGGACAAGUACUCGCAGCCACACAAGUUCUCCCAGGCGGCCGUCUUCAAGGCUCACCUCGACAGUUUGUUCCGUAAAGGCAAGAUCCUAGAGCGGCUCGAUUUCACAGUCGAUGACGGCGCCAUCAUGGCGAUUGUGAACCUCCAAGCCCACGGCAGGAUCAAGGUCGAGCCCAUCGACAUCCCGAACAUCCCCUUUGGCUUCGAUCCCGGCAACUACGAGACGAGGAAAUACAACAAGGACUUUUACCAAUUCAGCGUCAGGGUCCGGCCGACCGACAAGUACGUAUACAACGAAGACAUCCCCCUGCUCGACCGCGUUAGGACCUCGACUCCGCCGGGGAUGGGCCCCGAAGGCCAGCUCCCGACCUGGUGUGACUUUUUGGGCACCAUCGACUGGUCGAGGUGGGCGAGAUUCGUCUCGGCCGUCUUCUUCAUCCUGGCCACGAGGGGCUCCAUGGGGCCGGAGAGGGCGAGCGCGGCAUUGGGCCCCUUGACGGAGCCGUACGACGUCCAAUGCAUCAUGGACUGGGGUGUCAGGUUGGGGUUGCUAAGGGAGAUGGUUGCCGGCGGUGGGCUGUGCGUCGACGACUGGUGGUGGCUGGGCAUGUCCAAACUUACGAUUGAUGAAGAAGUUUCGGAUGGUGAGGAUACGGCUUGA